AUGAGUGAAGAGAUGGGCGAGGCCGUUUGUACGGGCAUGAGAUACUUGGUGGAUAAGCGCGGUCUGGAUAGACAACCGCGCGUAAAUGUCCCAGUAUAUAUCGAAGAUAUGAUUCCAUUCAAUGAGACAAUCCUUCAAACACGGGAGAAGCGAUUCCACCUGGGGUUUCAGCGCAUUAUCCUAUGUCUAUACAACACUAUUGGGUUAUUUACCAUCAACCGAAAACAGGCAAUGCUUGACCUUCAGUUCAAGCAUCUACAAAUAUCGCUCCAGCAGGAUCCGCACGGAGGACCUCCCAAGCCGAUGAUCGAACUCGAGCCCCAGUUUGUGAAAAGCGUCCUGGGCAUGUCGAAGCUCAACACGUUCGCGCUACCUGAGAUUGUCUACGGCGUAUCGCUUGUCUUCAGCCCGCAUGUCCUACUCUUCAUUAUAUUAUUUUAUGUCCACGCCUUUGAAGCGCCUCACUUAACAUCGAUGGAAGACCUUCGGAGACUGCUUGUCGAGGGUGGUCGACAGGAAAUGCUACUUCCCUUGAAGAAAGAGAUGGAUAAUUACUAUAUCUUCCCGAAGGUUGAGGUGAUCUGUGGCCAGCCCCGUAUUUUGUGGGAGACACCUAUGAAUGGUAGCACACUCGACGUACAACUCAGGACAUCCAGUGAGAUACACGGCUUCCUUAAUCAUUUCUUCUCUCACCAAUUCCGAUACGGAGGAGGUGAUUUACUUGAUAAGAGUGGUUUUGUCAGUGAAGCACAGCGUAAUGUGAUCAUGGCCCACGCCACUAACGAAGAGUUCUCAAAGGCUGUGACCUGGAUGAGCCGUUGGAUUGAUCGGCGGCGACCACGAUACCUGAGCGACGCUGACUGGGAAUCAGUGGAGAAAGACCUAGAACUGCAAUCAGCCAUACGCUGGCAACUCGAUUUAGAGACCCAGUGCGUUGAUCGCUCUCAAAACCCAGUAUUGCGAGCGAUGCUGGAGGACCAGAAGCGACAUGUCCACAAUUUGCGCCGGCGUCUACAGCUCACUGGUGGGGCUGUUAGUGAUGAGCCUGCGCGCGAGGUAUUACGGAAGGAGUUUGAAAUGCCAUCGGAGCAGAUUCUUCUCGUGGAGACGUUCUUUACUUGGCCUACUACCGAUUCAUUAGAAGACGAAUGGACGCGGCGUAACAAAGCUGUUGCUGCUGGAAUACAAUACUGUGGCUUUUAG